CUAAAUUAUUUUUUGUUACGUCUGUGGUGCUUAGGUUCAAUGACUCUCGGAGAAUACAUCACCCCUGGUUUUGAUUGCUCGGAUAUUCUAAAUAAUAAUAUGAAUGCAAAAGAUGGUUUCUACUGGAUUCAUUUAGGUGAAAGAACUCCACGAAAGGUAAAAUUUGGAUGCAUUAAUAGCAAUGUCACGGUUAUUAAUCAUUUUUCUUUACAGUGCAUUCCCAAACUAAGAAUUUGGAACACUUUUAACACAUCUAAAUUGUAAAUUUGCACAAUAAUUUGCGCCACAGAAAUGUUGAUUUUAAUCUAACCCAUCUGCCAUGGUAUGAAAAUUCAUUUGGAGGUAGAUACACUAUCGGUUUGUUCUUUGAUUUGCUAUUUAUUCAAUCAUGAAUAGUAAUACCUCGUGUGCAAGGCAUUUACUUUCACUCAACGCUCAUGAUAAGAGAAAAUGCGCAUUUUGUUUGAAAAAUUGUUCAAUGUCUAUACGAGUUAAUCGAGAGUAAUCAUCAUUUCUUUACCAAACAUUUAAGGCGUGGUGUGACAUGACUACAGAUUCUGGGGGGUUCAUACUAUUUGGAUAUCAAAAUUCUUCCGUUACAUGGAAUGUCCCAUCUACUAAUGAACCAGUGGAUCCAUUUGGCUCAUCUCGCUGGUCAAGUGUUCUGGGCAAUGCUCCAAUUUUGGACAUUCGAGUUCAAAUAUCAUCAAGUAAAGAAUUCAAAGAUACAAAGGCCGAUUGGUAAGCAAUAUUUAUGCAUAUGCAUGUUUGUACUCUUUUCUCAACG